GCGUGUGUUUAUAGAAGCUCAGAGCUCGAGAGCAACUCGUCAGAUUGAGAAGAGCGUGACGUGUCGCGGACUGGGAGCACACUCAGCAUCACAGAGACAGAGACGGGUUCAUCAUCACGCUCGCGCUGUUUGAGCAUCUCGAUUAUUGAAUUUGAGUGGUACAAACAAACCGGAGACUGCUGGAGCUUCUCAACAAACUAUUGGGGAUGAAUCGCUGUACGGCCGCUUUACUUUUGCUGGUUAUAGCCGUUUAUUCACUCAGCACAGAGGCAUACAAGUGCAGAUGCACGAGAAAAGGUCCGAAGAUCCGGUACAAAGAUGUACAAAAGCUGGAGAUCAAGCCUAAACAUCCAUACUGCCAAGAAAAGAUGAUAUUUGUCACCAUGGAGAAUGUGUCCCGUUUCAAAGGUCAGGAGUAUUGCCUGCACCCCAGACUCCAGAGCACUAAGAACCUUGUCAAGUGGUUCAAAAUCUGGAAGGACAAACACAGGGUGUAUGAGGCCUAAUCGUUCUCCAUCAUGCACGAGGCUGAAAACAUUGCGGGAUGCACUGCAUCUCCAGUGAACUGUGGAAGACCAGAGGACCACUUUUUUAAAGCAUGACAAAGCAUAUACCCAGACAAGCUUAUAAGGCACACCAGUUAUGUUAAUGUGGAAUAAUUUAUAGUCAUACAAAAGUGUUUCUUAUACAAUGUAAUUAUGAGCCAAAUGCGCAGUUACGGCAGAGAAAAAGUCCCUGUGAAUCAGCGCCAUCUGUAAGAAGUGAUCAUUACAUUUUUGCAAAAGUAAUGUUUUCUGAAGCAUCAGUUCUCGGUCUGAUUCGUUGUGUCGUGGCAUAUAAAGGGGUCCUGACACUUAUAUUUGGAUACCGUCUGGUUUGUAAACUACUGUGAUAUACUAUCCACAAGUGUCAAAGUAGAUCUUAAGAGUUCUCACAGUACAAAAGAGCAGAAAUAUCUACAAAGACUUUGUGUUGUAUGCCAACAUUCAGCCGGUAAAAGGAGGCAAAGUGUUAUUACUCAAAAUCAUGUUCAAAAUAUUGUUUCUCAGUUAUCUGCCCAAAAGUGCCGGAGGAACUCUGAAAGAGACGAAGCUGCAUUCAAUAAUAUCAACCAUUUAAAUCAUAUCAUACUUUAUAUUUACACAUAUACUUCAGUGGAAAUGUACCGCCACACGACGAGCACAUGAACUUUGGGGCCUGCAGUGGGUCAUGUGUUUAAAAUGAAGCUUUUUAUUUAAUAUCGGCCCUCCUAUCAGCACAUUAUGAACUACACGUGCCUCCUCUUUGAGGUGUGCAGGUUUUGUAAGCUAUUGUUUUCAUUUGUUUGGUAUGAGUGUGUUUUUCUUUUUGGUAAAUGAAAUGUUUCUCAUCUCCUCUUGUGCAUCAGAUUGUAUGUAUAAGCACACAGAAUAGGUUCUUGUGUACAGACCACCUCGUCUAGUCUAGCUUAUUCAGAACUGAUUAGUGAAGCCUAUGUAUUGUAUCACAGAAUUGUUGUUUUACUAUUUAAAUAAUAAAUGAUAGAAAUGUUUGUGUGUUUGGACUGACCCACCAAACACAACUUAAGUCCAAGGAGUGUAAUCUUCAAACACAGCAAUAAACAUUUAAAUAAAUCA